UUCAGACUUCAGACAGUGCUUGUGACCAUGGUGCUGUACGUAAUCGGGUUAGGUCUUGGCGACGAGAAGGACAUUACCGUGCGAGGGUUGGAGGCUGUUCGAGGCAGUGCCAAGGUGGUGCUGGAACACUACACUUCAAUCCUAGGGGUUGACAAAACCAAGUUGGAGGCUUUCUACGGCAAGGACAUCGUCUUGGCCGAUCGUAAUGUUGUCGAGUCGGAGGCGGACAGCAUCUACGCCACCGCCAAGGACGAAGAUGUCUCCUUCCUUGUCGUCGGAGACCCGCUCUGCGCCACCACCCACACAGACCUCAUCAUUCGGGCAAGAGAGUUGGGGGUGGAGGUGAUUCACAACGCGUCAGUGAUGGGCGCUGUGGCUUCGUGCGGGCUGCAGCUGUACAACUUUGGCCAGACGGUCUCAAUCCCGUUGUGGAACGAGAAUUGGGAACCUGACAGCUUCUAUGAGAAGAUCAGGGUAAACAAAAUGAACGGGAUGCACACGCUGUGCCUCCUUGAUAUCAAGGUCAAGGAGCCAGAUUUCGCUAAGAUGGCUCGGGGAAAGGUGUCCUACUUGCCUCCCCGGUUCAUGUCAGUGGGUACGGCGUUGGAACAACUCCUGGAAGUGGAAGCGAGGAAGGGAGAGGGGGUGUACGGGCCGGACUCGCAGUGCGUGGGGCUGGCUCGGCUGGGACAACCAACACAGCAGAUUGUGGCGGGCACGAUGAGCGAACUACGUGGCGUUGACUUCGGGGAACCGCUCCACUCUGUCAUCAUUAACGGGACCACACACCCGCUCGAGGACGAGCUACUCCAGUGGUACAGGGUGACGGACUCAACAGGAACGACCGUCGAAGGGACAACGGUGGCAGCUGAGGGGGAAGAAGCAGCAGCGGGGGGGGGGGGGGGG